CAAUGUAUUUACCAAAAGUGAAGUAAUUUUUGUUUUGUUAUAUUCUGCUGGAAUUGAAGACGAGAUUAAAGACACAAAAACACAAAAUGUGAAAGUGAUUACUCAAUAAAUAGCUUUUAUCAGAAAUCCGAAUAAGCCUACCUGUGUCAAGAGUAUUAUUACUAGCUGGCAUGGUGGGUUUUGACCCAAACAAAGCUAGGCAGUUGACACCAUUCGACCACGCUGCUGCUGGUGCAGUGAGCGGGAUAGUCACCCGGGCUGUUGCCCAGCCGCUCGAUGUUCUCAAAAUAAGAUUCCAGCUUCAAGUGGAGCCAUUGAAACUUGGUCCAGGCUCAAAAUACACUGGCCUUAGGCAGGCUGUGUGCAGGAUAUAUCAGGAAGAGGGUGUCACUGCUUUCUGGAAGGGACAUGUCGCUGCCCAAUCCUUGUCUGUAGUUUUUGGGAUUACACAGUUUGUCAGCUUUGAGUUCCUAACUAAGAGUGUAUUUAGCCGGCUUCCUGAAAAUCUGACACAGCCCGUCUACAAACCAGUCUAUCACUUUUUUUGUGGGGGUAUUGCUGGGUGUGUGUCUACCUGUGUGUCGCAGCCUGUUGACGUCUUGAGAACUCGUCUUGUAUCUCAGGGAGAACCAAAGGUAUACAAAGGCAUCAGACAUGCAGUGGGUAUGAUGUACAAGGAAGGUGGUAUACAGACAUUCUACAAGGGAUUGACACCUACUAUCAUACAGCUGUUUCCUUACACCGGCCUUCAGUUUGGUUUCUAUUCAUUCUUCAAGACUGCUUGGAAUUCAGCUAUCUCUAAGAAUAAUGAAAUAGGUUCCAUUGCAAGUGGGUUGUGUGGAUCCGCAGCCGGGUUCUGUUCCAAGAUCACAGUCUACCCACUCGACCUUAUCAAGAAAAGACUGCAAGUGCAAGGAUUUGAAGAGGCCCGUAAGUCCUUUGGUUCUGUUCAGAAGUGUUCUAGUCUGUUAGAUUGCAUAUGCUCCAUAGCUAGGCAUGAGGGCUUAGGUGCAUUCUAUAAGGGACUGUCACCGAGCCUGCUCAAGGCUGUUGUUACUGCUGGCCUUACAUUCUCAGUAUAUGAACAAACUUGUGCAAUAUUGUCUUAUCGACAUGGCAGUUGACAGCGCUCAUUUUAAAACAUUUACUGCAAUUUUUCCCCAACCAAAACAUGCACAUUUCCAUCAGCGCAGAGUAUUAUGCAUAAAAACUAUUUAAUAACUGUUACAUAUAUUGCCAUAAAUUAUUUUUUGUAUUUAUAAAUAUAAGUAUAAACAAUAUAAUUAUCAGGUGAAUGCGUAUGGAACUUGCCUUCCGUGGGAACCAGUUUUUGAAUUUUGGAUUUUGAGGUAUUUAUCUUUCUAGAAUGUCUUUUUCUAAAUUUGUUGUUUAAGAAAAAAAAACUGUUAUCGGAAUUAUAAGAUUGUGUGUUUGUGUGAGUGAUGUUGCAUGAUCUGUUCAUUUGUUUUUGUUUUGUUCAGAUGUUUAUCUUCGAUAUAUUUUAUUGCUGGGAUAAUUGGAGGACUAGGGAUUAAUUAUCCCUGAGAAAUUCUCCAUGGUAAAGAAUAAAACUAACAAAUAAACAAACCCCCACGGUGCAACUUGUCUAGAAUUGGUAGUGCAGUACCUUUGUGUUGACCAUAAACUGUCCCCAAUUAUUUUUUUUUUUGGCGCAAUGCAAUGAAUUCUCUUUAAUGUAAGUAUAAUACCUGUUAUUUCAAUUUUGCGUCAGGCAAAUACCAUACGAGUGAUAUUUUGCCCUACCUGACCGAACACUCAGUACGUUCCCAAAUACUUUAAAAAAAAGUUUACAAAUGUCCCCAUUCGCAAAAUUCUCGCCCAAAUCACUUGCAAAUUUUUUUUGCAAGUAUUUUAGGACGUACUGAAUAUUGGGUAUAACAUGUUAGGUAGGGCAAAACAUCACUAGUACUAUAAUACCUACCAUUCAAUAUUCAUCAAAAUUGCUGGUUUUUAGGAACUUAGCAAACUACAGUAUCAUCUGUUGAUAUUCUUUGGAUUGUGCCUAAUAAUAUACAGUUUUUUAUUGUAAUGUAUGCAGGAUUACAUUGUAAGAAUUAGUUGUGCUAGGGGUUGUAGAGGGAAAAUUAACACUGUGUGUGUUCGAAUGGAUAAAUUUACAGUAGAACCCCUAUUAAGGGGACACCUUUGUGACUAAAAAAAGUGUCCCCUGAAUAGGGGUUGGCUGUAGUGUUAAAAUAUGUACCUUCCCAUGUUUCAUGGCUGAAAAAGUGUCCCCUUAAUUAGGAGUCUCCCCUUAAUAGGGGUGUCCCGAAGGAGGGUUCUACUGUAUACCUGUAUGCUAAGAAUAAGAGACUUGGUUUAAAAGCAUUGCUCCAUCCUGUAAGUGGCAAUUGUACUUGCUGUGGGAUGUGAAGGAAAUAAAAAUAAAAAUUUUAAUUUGCAUGUCAAAUCAUCAAGAAAAAAAAUGAUUGAAUUAUCAUCUUGGGAAGCAAUUCAA